CUGGAGCGAGAAACAGGAAAGGGAGGAGGGGGAGAGAGGCUCUGGGCUGCUGCCGCUGCUGUGUGGGUUUCUUUACUCUCCCUGGCAGGCUGGGUGCUGGCUCCCUCGCCCGCCCGCCGGCCUGGGAAAGUGGGUUACGGCGCGAAGGAGCUCCGCUCCGAUGCUGGCAAAGGAGCAUCCUGCCACAGACAGACCAGAGAACACCUUCCUUUUGCAGCCUUCUCUUCCUCUUUUCUAGAGGGUCUUAUGUUUGUACUCUCUCUCUCUUUUAAAUUGUGCUGCUUUGACUUUUUCCCCCCCUCUGCUUGGGUUUUAUGAGGGCUUUGUUAAGUCUUAGAGGGAAAAGAGACUGAGCGAGGGAAAGAGAGGCAAAGUGGAAAGGACCACAAACUGGCAAAGCCCGUUCUGCCUUUGCUGUGGAGGAAAGCCCGCUGUUUGUAAAGCCCUCUCGGCGAGCAGCACGCACACACCCUCCAGAGUACACGGACCCGCACCUCGGCGUGGCCACCAUGGUCGGCAGAGUUCAGCCGGAUCGGAAACAGUUGCCGCUGGUCCUACUGAGAUUGCUCUGCCUUCUUCCCACAGGACUGCCUGUUCGCAGCGUGGAUUUUAACCGAGGCACGGACAACAUCACCGUGAGGCAGGGGGACACGGCCAUCCUCAGGUGCGUUGUAGAAGACAAGAACUCGAAGGUGGCCUGGUUGAACCGUUCUGGCAUCAUUUUUGCUGGGCAUGACAAGUGGUCUCUGGACCCCCGGGUUGAGCUGGAGAAACGCCAUUCUCUGGAAUACAGCCUCCGAAUCCAGAAGGUGGAUGUCUAUGAUGAAGGUUCCUACACUUGCUCAGUUCAGACACAGCAUGAGCCCAAGACCUCUCAAGUUUACUUGAUCGUGCAAGUUCCACCAAAGAUCUCCAACAUCUCCUCAGAUGUCACUGUGAAUGAGGGCAGCAAUGUGACCUUGGUCUGCAUGGCCAAUGGCCGUCCUGAGCCUGUUAUUACCUGGAGACACCUUACACCAACUGGAAGAGAAUUUGAAGGAGAAGAAGAGUAUCUGGAGAUCCUCGGCAUCACCAGGGAGCAGUCAGGCAAAUAUGAGUGCAAAGCUGCCAAUGAGGUCUCCUCGGCGGAUGUCAAACAAGUCAAGGUCACUGUGAACUAUCCUCCCACCAUCACGGAAUCCAAGAGCAAUGAAGCCACCACAGGGCGACAAGCUUCACUCAAAUGUGAGGCCUCGGCAGUGCCUGCGCCUGACUUUGAGUGGUACCGGGAUGACACCAGGAUAACCAGUGCCAAUGGCCUUGAGAUUAAAAGCACGGAGGGCCAGUCCUCCCUGACGGUGGCCAACGUCACUGAGGAGCACUAUGGCAACUACACCUGUGUGGCUGCCAACAACCUGGGGGUCACCAAUGCCAGCCUGGUCCUUUUCAAGCGUGUUUUACCCACAAUCCCCCACCCCAUUCAAGAAAUUGUCACCACCGUGCACUUCAAGCAAAAAGGACCUGGGUCGGUGAGAGGAAUAAACGGAUCCAUCAGUCUGGCCGUACCACUGUGGCUGCUGGCAGCAUCUCUGCUCUGCCUUCUCAGCAAAUGUUAAUAGAAUAAAAAUUUAAAAAUAAUUUUAAAAAACACACAAAAAUGCGUCACACAGGAUACAGAAAGAGAGAGAGCGAGAUGGGGGGAGACUGUUUAUUUCACAACUCUGUGUGCUUAUAAAUGAAGGGGGAAAUAAGAAAACGAAGAAGAAAACAUAACAUUUAAAAAUAAUUUGAAAGUCCAUCAAUAAAAAUUUGAUUAUAAUUCAGGACGGGAAAAGUUCUACCAGGAUAUGUGUAUAUCUAAGCAAAUGUAUGCUGUAUAAAGACUACAUCAUGCUAAGGUCAUCUAGAAGUUGUAAAAGUAAGACAUGUGAAGAAGUACCAGAUGGAUAUUAACCCCCACACACACUAUCAUUCCUUCAUUCUUUUUCAUCUGUGGGGAAAGAAAAAAUAAGGUCUUGCCUUUGGUGUUUAUAUUUCCAUCAUCUUUUUAUUCUGUUUUCCAUUUGAGCUGACUUGUAGCCAUUUCAGACUAUCAGCAGAAUACAUGCUGGAGUCCUGUGUUGAGCCUUUAUCUGGCUUUCCUGCCUCCACUAUCUCUCCAACUUUUAGGACCAUCUUCUCCCCUUCCAGUGUGUUCUAUCUCCCCAACAUCCAUCCCACAUAUUCCCUUUCUAUCCCCCACCCCCACCACUUCUCUUCACUCCCACCCUUCCUCCGUCCCCAGCACCAGUCAUGCCGCAAAUGCUAGGAAGUGCCAUUUUAAUUUUCUCCACUGUGCGCGCGUGCUCAAGUCUCUCGCUCUCACGUGGGUGUACAUGUGUGAGCGUGUGUGUCUCUCUCUAAAGCAUGCCAAGGGAAUGGUCCAUGUGUACAUAGACUCAUUGUGCUGUAGAUACUGUCUCGCAUUGUAAUUGUGAGAUGCGGCUGUGACAAGUUGCUGAGGGACAUGGUGGGGAAGGAGGCAAGGAUCAGAGUCUCUCUCCCCAUCCAUGGCUGUCCCAUGACACCAGUGUGUAUUCAAACCAAGCUGUGCCCCUUCUAAGGGCAGAACCUCAUAUUCCUCCUAGUCCAAUCAUCAGAACCCAGUCGAGAGUCACUCAGAAUAUCACUGUAAAUGAAAGUGCCUACUAUUGAUGGGGUGAGCAAACAGUAGAAAGAAUCAGUGACAGGGAUGAGGUGACCUAGCAGAGAAGAUUUCUGAUUUCACUCUAGUUUCGUGAGUCUGAGGGAUUCGUAGAUCUCCUGGCUUUUUGCAGGCUUGGUCCCGCUCUGCUGCAGGAGUGAAAAGCAUGUGUUGAGUAAAUCCCAGAAGCAGAAAAGCCUCCAAGUGUUAACUCCCAAUGAAAGGAUGAUGAGCCACGUGGAGAUCCUAAGCAGCCCUGUUUUGCCCCCUCCAGAAUCUUCAAAUAACACUACAUUGGCCCCAUGGAUUCGCCUGAGCAGAGAUUGUUUCCCAUUUCAGAUAAAAUAUAGUGAGAGUGAGCAAGGCGGGAAAAGCAGACAGAUGUCUAAGGUCCCUUCUCAUAUUAUAGAUAUACCAUCAGAGCUCUAAUACAGACCAUUGACCGUAACCAAAAGGAAUCUACUCCUUGUGCUCCUUUGCAGAUAUUUGUCCUGGUGUUCUAGGCUAAUUCUUCAUUUGGUUGCCCACAUUAUCUCCUUUCCGUUCCACUGAUGGUUUUUGCAGCACCGAUUCAUAGCAGUCCGUCAUUAUCCAGGAAUGGCAUUAUAUUCCACCAUCCUUGCUCACUUUUGGCUUCUAGUCUCUUGAAAAAGAUACAAUGGGGAUACGGUGUUUAAGUUUACAUCUAUAAGAGUCAUCUUGCCAUUAAUAUUGAGAUGUGGGUUAGUUCCCUAACCAAAAGAGCUGAGAAAGUUGUAAUGAUUUAGGCAGAAGUUGUACGCAUCCACAAAGCUUGGCAUCACCACAACACCAGAAGGAUUUUCUUAGGAAAGGCCUUGCAGAGAGAGCUGGCUCUCUGUGUAGAUAUCUUUGUCAGGAAGAUAGCUUUCACUUAGACUGUAGGAGGCAUUGGAAGUGGCUCAGUCUAUCAAAGGGAACAAGAUCAUUAUUGAGGUCAUAAUUGAAUGCAUUUCAGCAGAGAAAAAUAUGGUACGUCACCAAGUUUCGGAACCUGGAAAAUGGCUGCCACGUAAUAUAAGACAGGAAACUUUAUAACUGUAAAUCAAAAAAAAGAAAGAAGAGUGAAAGAAAGAGAGGAAGGAAGGUAGGAAGGGAGAAUUAGAGAAAGAAAGAAAGAAAAGCAGGAAGAAAGAGAAAGGGAGGAAGGAAGGAGGAGGGAAAGGAAGGAAGGAAAGAUCUGAAAUUUGUCUUGAUAGAUUUUAUUAAUUGAAGGCUCUUUGCAAUGAGUCUCAUCUUUGAAGGUAAUGAUUUCUUUGACGAGCAGCAUUUUUAAUCUCUUCCAGGGGAUUCUAUUUUUUUUAGAAGCUUAUCACUAGCCUUUUAUGAUUUUUCAGUUUAGACAUGAAACAGAAGGACACAUUGGGCUUGGGGAUGGGUAAGUGUAUUUGUGACAGAUCCUGGCAAAGGACAGAAAUUCUUAUUCACGGAGGUAGCUACUGAAAUAUGGGGAAAGUGAGCCAUAUUCCUAUGCAACAUCGAUUCAUCGACAAUCAGGAAUUUCUCUAACAGUUUGAUCUUUCUAGUACAGGAAUAAAAGCUUAUCAUCCUUGAUGAUAAAUCGUCCCUCUAUAUUGAAGGGCCAGCCACAUUUUUAAGUGGAAGCUUUAGAGGAGUGCAUGCUAAUUUCAAGAGAUAUAAGAGAAAAGUAACAGGAGUUAAUUCAGUUUAGUGUCAGUUUCAGGAACAGAUCCCUGUGGCACAUCACAGAUUUAAUCAUACACCUAGAUUUUUUAUUGUCUCCACUCCAUCAUAAGGAUGAAGUCUUGGUUUUAUGAAAGGAGAUUCUCCAUUUAAAGGAAUGUCUUUGCCGUGUCAGCACCAUUUGUUCCCUGAGUUUUACUAUAAUGGACCAUAUAUUAAACAUAAUUAAACAUAUAUUGAAUAUUGUGGUGUUUGCAUAUAUCUCUGGCAGGAUCUGGGAAUUUUAAAAAUUUGCCCUGGCUUCUGUUUCAGAGCAAACAUUGACCCCAGAAAUCUCAUAGGUUUGAGAAUGUCUCUAAGCAAUGUGAAGAAUGGAGAAGAACAUAGUUUGGAGAAAGGUCAGGAAAAAGGGAGGAAUCAGAGGACUGACACCAAGAGAUUGUCUGAACAUGGGACUUCUUGGAAUUUAGUUCAUCAUAUUGCUGGAAAUCCCUUCAAGAAUUUUGUCCAUUGAUAAUCAAAGUUUGAAACCCUGCACUGAGAAGAACCAACUGGUUGGAAACAAUACACUGAGAGGAAUGAAAUGCACCAAUUAAUCUGACUGGCUAAAAUAUUUAAUGUCCUUUGUAGGCAAAAUGAUACUCCACCAUUCAUAAAACAAAAUCCUUAAACUCUACUUACAGUUAACAAAAGCAGAAAUGACCUUGACCAAGGGCACUUCCAUAAGAAUGAGAACUAUCCUAGGUUUUUCAAAUGCAGGAUUAUAUCCUCUGUGCAAUUGUUCAUCAGAAAGUUUUGCCUUGUUGGAGGAAUAGUGUUACUUGUUUUGAGACAUAAAAUCCCUCUGCCCUAAAAGAACUAAGGCUUAGGGAAAAGUCAGAUGUGUUUUCUGUUGGGAAGAAUUGUCCUAUUGACCUUUGCCUUCUCUUCCAAGUCAGUCAGACUUCUCCCAUUGCCAGGGGCAUUUUUUUACUUCAUAUUCAGACAACUGGGCUAUUCAUAGAGACCUUGUAAAAGUACUCGUGAUUUUCAUGUUCUUGGAGGACAGAAACAAAAAUCUGUUUCUCCUCCAAAAAUGAACUUACCUCCUUUGCAUACAAAAACUAAACUCCUCAGCAUGAAAUUGUUUCUGAGUUCUUACCUACCGAGUUGUUAGCUUCUUAACUACCCCGGAGUCACAGGUUCCAUCCCCAGGUUGGUUGGAGUUUGACUGUCUAUUGGCUUGUCUCCCAGAAUUCCUUUUUGUUUAUUGCAGGUCUUGAAUUAUCUGUGGAAAAAUAAUAUAUAUGUGUAUGUAUUUUUUUUAAUCUUAUCUUUACAGAUGUUAUAUUUACAAUAUUGUAUGUAUUAUAAGACAAAUCUAGAGCAAUGGUUUAAACUUAAAAGGAAGAAAAGUAUUGAAUUUGGUUAAAAAAAGAGAGCUAUGCUUCAUCUAGAAAGACAUGAAACCCCAUUUUUUCCACUUUGUAAUUAUUUAUUUAAGAGGAAUUUGCUUAGGGAUCACGUUCCAUGGGGUUAACCACAGCCUUAUUUCUCUCUUCAUCUUCUUAACCUUUUAGCCUGGAUUUGGUCUUGGUUCCCCAAAACUAUCACUUUUAUAGAAAUGUAAGUAUAAUGCUAUAUCUGACUUACAAAAACGAUUAAUAUUUUGAAGACGAAUGUUAAACAUACCGCAAAAAUGGUGAGAUAAGACCCUGAGUUAAGAAAUGCAAAUCCAGGUUAGGUAUCCUCCUUCUUUCUUAAGUAUCUAAAAUAUUUCUCCUCCAAAGACUGCAUUUGCCCCAGUGAUGUAAAUUUUCCAUCAUGGUGGCAUAAUAUCUGUAAACAUCUCACUAAAUGCAAAAUGGAGUUUACAUUUAUGUGCAUAUUAGUGGAAGAGAAGUAAAGUAUGUAUUCUUAUUUGCAUGUAGCUAUGUUGUCAAACGUGGCCGACUGAAAUUCAAGAAAGAAUUUGUUUUCACCCAGCAGUGUACAUCACUUUCCUCUUGGCAAGGAAGCUGGUGUGAACAUUAGGUUUAGGUUUAACAUUUACACCAGUGCAAAUGUUUAUGGAUAUUAUGGAAAACUUAUUUUAAAAUCUUGAUUUCCUUUCAGUACAUUUGCAUACUGUGUGCUGAUUAAUAAAUUAGGCACCAAUCAUGUGUGAAUCAAUGUAAAUCACUAGUUUAUGUACAUAAUAUAAACUAUGUAAACUUCAUUUUUCAUGCAGAGCCCAAGUUCAGCUAAGCCUAUAAAUCUUAAAGAAAAAAAUUUUUUAAAUGAAUAAAAACCAAAGCAUUUCACAGGUCAGAAUGGGAAGAAGUAUGACUAAUGGCUCAAACAUAAAGUUGCCUCAGCAAAAGGAAGCAGACCCACAGGAACUGUUAGCGAUUCACAUCCUGCUGACGUCACAGGAGGCCGCCUCUGUGUUCCUUCAGGACCCAAAUGGAGUUUCUCCCAACUCUUGUCACAGUUGUCUCACCUGACCCCAAAGCAAGGGAAAUGAAGAGACAAGGGGGAAGGGGAUUUCAGGGCUCAUGUGUCUGUUGCAUCAACUCACAAGCGGCUUCUUGUUACGUUUUACUUAUCAUUUAAGACAUUUUAUUUAAAUAGCUCCAAGAAAGUCACCUACACCUGAUGAGCAAAAUAUUAUUCAGUUUUUAUUUUCCAUUCAACGAAGACACUGGGAAAGCUUCUUUGUCAUCUUGAUCCUAAGAACUGUAGGGUAUAAGAGAUGUUAUAUCCUUGAGAAAUAUCUUGUGAAGUCACCCUAGGAAAUAACUGCUUUUACUUCAUUGGGUAGACCUGUAUUUCUGCAUGUGUAUUCUGAAUAUUGCAAAUUAAGUACAGAAUCAUUUUAAUUGGGAGUAUCUCUCUCAGGCAUGCUCUCUUGGAGUCUUUUUGAAAUAUCUGAUAUGUUUAACAGAAUGACAUAUAUACCUUUUCUACAAUCUGAACAACUGGUACAUAAGGAGUCAUCAAGAGAUGACUUCAGGGACCACAUGAUUUUUCUGCAAGGACUGUUAUAGAAAGAAAUUUAGGUAAAACGAACAGUACACUUAAAGCAUACUCCUCCACCCAAGCUAAACGAGAACGUUAAAGUGAGGUGUACUGGAUUGGGAGUCAGAAGAAUUCUGUUUUAACCCUGGAUCUGGCCACAACAAGCUGUGUGACCUUAGGCAGCAAGUCAUUUAAACUCCCUGAGUCUUGGUUUUCUCAUCCUGAAAGUGAGGACUUUGGAUGACAUCUUUAAAACUUCUGUCAACUCUAAACUCUCUGAUUCUGAAUGAGAAUUUAGUGCUGUGGUCAUGCUGUGCCCAGCUAAUCAUUCCAUGCAGCUGUUUGUUGUCUCUAGUUUGGUCUCUGUACUAUCCUCACUUCUCAGAACCACCAUUCCUUCAUCUCCAUUUCAAAAGCCGAAACUUCCUAGAAUACAGGGCUCCUCUCCUGAUCAAAGUUUCUUAUCAAUGGAGAGAAGGGACACUUUCAGAUUAUACUGAGGGUAUUGAAAUAUAGCUGGAGUUGUUUCCUUAUUUAUAAUAUAAAAUCUAAGUGCUGAACUAUAUCCUAAUAAAGUUUCGUAGGAAGGGAAAUAGCCAGAUUGGAUAUUAUGCAUGUAACAAGCAAGGAAGUUGUGCAUAUAAAAGGAAACAUCAGUUUUCUCUCAUCCUGGGCCAAGUGCCUCAUUAUACUAAAUGUGUGUCCUUGAAAGCUCUUUGCUUGUGCUGAUAGCAGUAAGCACGUGGUUCCAGGCAGGUUCAAAAGGCUGUUCCCUGAGAAAAAAGCAAAAUAAAAUAUUUUAUUUUGGAAGGAAUUUCUCAUGGCCUAAGUUUCCUCAAACUUGACUUUUAGGCUGUGAAGUCAAGGAAGUGGAUGGAGUGAAAACAAACGUCAUUUUCAAAAAGUACAAAUCCAUUCCAUUUAAAGAAGACAAGUUGAAAAGAGGACAAAAAUCAACACAUUUUAGGAAGUUAUAGAGCUGAAUAGAGUAAGAGUUUGUGAAGGCCAAAAUCAAAUGUGAAAAUUGAAUUCUCUGAGAAGCGGGUAAGCAGAAAGGAUGGUUUCUCAGGUGGCUAAUGAGGAAUUACUUUCUUGUGCCAUGUUCUGGAUCGAUUGAGCACAAGCCCACUUGUCUUGACCCACCAAAGUAUAGCCCCACAUUAUCCUAGAGGCUCAACUUAGUAUCUGUCCAACAAUAGCUUUUCAUGCAUUGCCUAAGAGAACAGAAAGAAUCUGAGUUAUCUGUACACUGAAGAGCAGGGAUUACUCAUAACUUCCCAGCAUUAGUAUCACUUUAUGUAAAUAAGGAUGUACAAUCGCUGAGAAUACUCAUGAAGCUCUACUUAAGUGGGAGAAUGACCUGCCCACAGGACAACUCCUCAUUUCCAUGAUUAUUUCAGAGGUGCCUCUUUUUGAGUGGUGCUCCUGGAUUUAUUUCUACAGUCACAUUCAUCUCUGCACAAGCCCUCUCUAUGUAAAGCCAGGCACAGAGUAAAAAUCGCCUCUUGUAAAUGAAGAAAACACCUGGGACUACUAGCUUCAUGACACGUGGCAGUAAUUCUAAGCUAUCUGGAGCCUUUUCUGAACCCACUUCCCUAAGUCUUUGCUCUUCACCAGAGAAUGUACAUGGUUCCUCCUGGUGAAUUAUGGCCAAGUUCUGCUCCUUAAGUACUUACUGAGAAUGGGGGAAAGUGACAGGGAGGGAAAUACAGGGGAGAGAAGCCCUGGAGAAAACCUCCCCUUCCUUCCCCCACCCUGGCUUCACCCCUUCCUUCUCUCUGCUCUACUGAAGGGUGUAUAAAUCCUGCUCUUGGUUAGAAUUCUCUUAUUAACAGUGUUAUAUACAUAUAAAUAUAUAUAUAUAUAAAUAUAUUCCUUUUUUCAGCCCUGUAGACAUAAACAGAACUGUCCUUGAUGAUACAAACACAUGGCCAUUUUUUGUUUGGGUUUUUUUGUUGUUCAAGGUUUUUUACUUUUAUUGGGUGGAUUUUUUUUCCCUGGAUACUAGCUCUGUGAAGGAAAAUAAAAAAGCGCAGUGUGUGUAAAAAAAAAAAAAAAUUAAAAUUAAAAAAAGCUUUUUUCCUUUUCUUUUUAAAUGUAUUUAAAUUCUGUUCUCUCUUCUGUUACUUUACACGUAUGAAUGCUCUGCUCUUCUGUGAUCUUAAAACAAAAUGAAAUAAACGUGAAAAGGA